AUGAAAUGGCCAUUAUCCAAAUUAACGGCGAAUAGUGCGCAAGAAGCGGAGUGGCAAGAAAUAUUUUUGAAUAAUACUGAGAUAUAUCUACCUGGAUUUAAAUAUCUUUGGGAAUUUGAGUGGGAGCCAGUGCCAGGGCGUCCGGAUCUCGGCAAGAAUGAUUUAAUUAUGACUGAUGGAUACGGCAUAUUUGCGGUGGUCGAGGUUAAAUUAAUUCAUAACGACGACGACGUAAUUAACAAUAAACGAAUUAAAAAAGUGACGGAACAAGCGAGGAAGUAUAAAGAUUGGUUUAUCAAAGAGAACAAGGGUAAUUCUAAAGUAUUGGGCGUAAUAGGUGUGUCGUUUACAAAUCAAAAAAAUGGAACUGUUCAGUUUCUCGAAGAAUAUGAUUUAUCAGUGGCAAGUGCUAUCGCAAAUAAAUUGGAAACUGAAAAUUAUUUCAACAAUAUUAUGGACGAUUUAAUUCAAAGUUCUGAAAUCGAAUCGACUGAAAACAAAGAUGCUGAAAUUACACGACUUAAUUUAAUUAUUACACGAUAUAAAAAAGAAGUUCAACGAUUGAACGAGAAAAUACAAAAACAAGUAGAGCAAGAAAAGAAAUCAAAAGCUGAACGAGAAAAUUCCGAAUCAACCUCAACAAAUGCGCAAGAGAUUAUCACAAAAUACAAGAAAGUGAUUCAACAACUGAAUGAGAAAUUAAAAGCAAAAAAUCAAGAAAUUACUCGGCUUAACCUAGUUACAACGCGAUACAAAAAAGAAGUUCAACAAUUAAAUGGGAAAAUACAGAAAAAAGCAGAGCUAGAAAAGAAACCAAAAGCUGAACGAGCAGACACCGAAAAUUUCUCAACUCAAAAAAGAAAACAAGAUCUUCAAAAAGAAAUUGAUAAACUCGAAGCAGAAUUACAUCAAAUUCGAAUUUCAUUGAUAGAUAAACAUAAAAAUGAGCCAGAUGAGAAUGAAAUGAAAGAAAUACAAGAUCAGAAUUCUUUAUUGGAAGAAGCUCAACAAGAAAUUGAGAAAAUGAAAGAAAGAGAGAUUAGAUACGAGAAUACUUUAGUAAAUCAACAAAAUCUCAAUAAAAAAUUAACGGAAUCGAUGGAUAAGGAAAUUGAAUUAAAAGUUAAAAUGGAAAUAGGACAAAAAGAGGCAGAGAUUAAAUCGAGGUUGGAAUGGGAACACGAGCGUCAAAAAGAGGAACAGUAA